UAAGUUUAAGUAAUCAACAAUUUCAUGGAAGUCACACACACACAGACACACCUGUGAUGAUACUGUUUUUUAUUACUUUUGUCUACAAUGUUUCAUGCACAGAAAAUGCAUGAAAAGUAAAAUUGGCAUUAGCUUGCAGGGGGCUUGACCUUUUGAUCCCAUGGAGGUGGGAUGUUCUCUGUCGUUCUCCAUUUUGUUUUGUACUUUUCAGGCAUUUUUUGGGUGGGACCUUAUCAAUUGGUAUGUCCAUUUAUCAUCAAAUGUGGCUGAUGGUACUUGUGAUCAAUAAAGUCAAGAAAUGCAUAACAUGUGGACAUGUUGAUCUUCUGCCUGUAUUUGUUGCAUGGGAUGGGCAAAGUGAUUUCAGUAUUUAAGUGCACUAUUGACAUUAUAAGUCCUUGGUGGUGAGUUAUGGGUAUGACACAUGAUAUAGGUGUGAAUCAUUAGCAUAUAAAGUGCAAUUAUAUCUCCUUUUGUAGAAAAUGAAAUUUAUUAGAGCAGGAGAGAGAAUCACCAGCGAAGUGAAGAGGAAAUUUCCUCUUAUGAGGGCAAGACAUAAAAAGGAAAAGGAGAAAACCCAAGAGACUACAAAUUCAUGUUACAUGUUCUAUGCAUCACUUGAUAUAUGGCUAGGUUAUUAGACAUUUAAGACGUGGCUAGGUUUGCAUGUGAAGUUGUGCAGUUUAGUUGAUGAUGCCAUGUGGUUGCUUAGUUUGGACCAAACCUAAAUUGUUGCAUUACAUGCUAUUUAGUUUCAUCAUAAAUUACCAGAUUCCUUCAAUAAUCAAUAUAAGACAAGAAAGAAUCAAACAGUGGUAGCACACACCUAGAUAAAAUGCCUGGCCACACAUGAUGAUUUUUGUGAACUUCAUUGUUAACAGAACAUCUUUUGUGAUUCCAUAUAUGUACUGGAGACAUGAUUGAUUGUUGUUUUAAACAUUUGGCAUCUAUGGGUCAGCAAUUAGUGUUAAAGGCAAUAGGGAUAUGUGCCUUUGGGUACACAUUAUGUGGUGGAUUGGUAAUUCUUAAAAGCAGCUAAUGGUAUCAGCUGCUUCCAAGUCUCAGUUCAGCCCCUUCUGCUCAUGUAUUGCAAGGCAUAAGGGACAUGAAGAUCUGGCAUCAUUCUCGCCUUCUUAUCACCAACAAUCUGCUUAUGGGUCCCAUCUUAAUGGCAGAAAGUAUGAAGGAAAAACGUGUGAGGGAGAUUGUGCUGAAGGCAAUGGGACAGGCAAUCAGCAAGACGGUUGCAAUUGCAGAGAUUAUAAAGAAGAGGAUCCCAAGGUUGCAUCAAGAUACUGCCAUCAGCUCAGUAAGCAUAACUGAUGUAUGGGAGCCCAUUGAAGAAGGGCUUGUACCUUUGGAGAUGACUCGCCAUGUCUCAAUGAUCUCAAUCACCUUGUCAACCAGAGAGCUAAACAAAAACUUACCAGGGUACCAAGCUCCAUAUCAUGUGGAGCAACCAAAGUCGCAGUACCAUUAUCAGCCACAGAAUCAACCUCGACAAGCUGCUCGCCCACCAUAUAAUGCUGUGAAUGAAGAUUCAUAUGGCCGAGGAAGGGGUCGUGGCAGAGCAAGAGGGCGUGGUUGGGGUAGGGGUGGGUAUGGAAAUUAUCAAGACAAUGGCGGUUACAAUGGUGGAUACCCCAACUGGGGCCGAGGUGGAGGCCGAGGCAGGGGUUGGGGGCCCUAUCGUGGUGCUGGAUAUGAAAGAGGCAGGGGUGGAGGGGGCAGAGGGUAUGGCCGAGGUCGAGGAAGGAUGGGUGGUGGGCGUGGCAGGGGUGGUGGCAACCAGGCAUAGUCAGGGGAUCAGUGUGCCUUUUGCUCUAGCCGAAUAUGCUUUUGCCUAAGCGAGACACAGGGUUAAUGUUAAUGGAAAACUUAUAAAAAGCGUGAUAAAAAUGUGGGUUGUGGCGCAUUGUUAAGAAGUGAUUUCCUUCUGUUUCUUGUUGAUGAUGUGGAUUUGGGCAAAAGGGGUUGUUUUUGUAUUGUCUCGUUUUUCUUUUCCCUUCUAAAGCGAGAGCAAAGUUGGCCACUUCUCUGAUUGCUCUGUAAAUCAUUUUCACCUUCAGGUUUGUCAAUCUCCCUAUUGUAUUUAUAUAGCCAGACCUCCUAUAAUUUUUUUAUUCCUUAAAUGCAUUUUGCUCAUAUUAUGCAUU